AUGGCGGGGCCGCGAGACGCCGCGGAGCGCUGCUCCUGCCGCAACACCGACUGCGUGGAGCGGCCGCUGCGCCGGCUCUUCCAAGGGCUGGCGAGCGCCGUGGCCGCCUACCCCUGGCCCUUCGUGCUGGUGCCGCUGCUGCUGUCGGGCGGGCUGGGUGCCGGCUUCGCCUUCCUGCCGCAACUGAAGGCGAACGACAUCGAGGGGCAGUUCACGCCGACGUGGGGACCCGCCAAGGCCGAGCGCGACUUCGUGCGGCGGCACUUCCCCACCGACGACUCGGAGCGCUUCUCCGCCGCGCGGCUGCCCACCGAGGGCGCCUACGCCGCCCUCAUCGCCGUGGCCACCAACGGGACCUCGGUCCUGGAGCCGGCGGCGUGGGCAGAGGUGCUGCGGCUGAACGCGGCCGUGCGCGACGCCGAGUACGAGCGGCUCUGCGCCCGCACCGCCGACGCCUGCGCCAGCCCCAACCCGCUGCUGCUUCGGCAGGGCGGUGAGCAACCGCCCGCCCCGGAGAGCCUCCGCUUCCCCCUCAAUGACAGCGUCUUCCUGGGCACCGCGCUGGGCGGCGUGCAGACGGACGGCGGGCUGGUGCGCACGGCGAGGGCCCUGAAGCUGCUCUAUUACCUGCGGGAGGACGGCCCCGAGGCGCAGGACAGCCGGCAGUGGCUGGAGAGAUUCCUGCGCGACAUCUCGUCCAAACUGGCGGAGCUGCGCCUCAGCUCCAUUCAGGUGUCUUACUUUACCUCGCUGUCCAGACAACAGGAGUUUGAAGGAAAUACCAAGAGUGUGAUCCCGCUCUUCUCCGUAACAUAUUUCUUGACAAUAAGCUUUGCAAUCAUCUCUUGCCUAAGACUGAGCUGUAUAAGAAAUAAUACCUGGCUUGCGAGCUGUGGAGUGCUUUCCUCUGGCUUAGCUGUAUUAAGCAGCUUUGGAUUGAUGCUCUUCUGUGGAGUGCCGUUUGUGGUCACUGUAGCAAAUGCACCAUUCCUGAUUUUGGGUAAGUAGAAAAUGUGAGUUGUAUUCAGAUAAAAAGAGCAGGGUGGAGUAAAAGCAACCUAAUGGUGUCAGUCUUUUAUGGUGUGAAUGUCAGAUAAUCCAACAUUUUCUCCUGAAGUGAGUGGAGGAGAUACCCAGAGGUGCAGCCCUCUCAGAGCACCUACAGGCAGGCAAGCCUCUCAACUCAGCUCAGUGUGCCCACAGUGGGACUGGAGAUGGGUUCUGGUGCAAGGGCAGCUUUUCCUAGAGGACAAGGUCUGAUCUAGAUCCACUGCUACAGCAGGAAGACUGUAAAUGAGUAAUGUGAAUGGUAAGGCUAGCACCUCUGGCAUUGUUCGAGUGUCCCUGGAAAUGUAGCCAGGAUGAUUAAUCCUCUGCAAUAUAACAUCUGUGUACUAACCAGUCUCAUUCAGCUACACAACUGAAGUGAUGCACCAUUUGUGCAAGCAGCUCCCCCCAAAGACCCAAGGAAGUCGAUAUCAUUGCAUCCUUGUUACACAGACUGCUUAACAGCCAGUGCUGAACUUUCCAAGUGCUGUUAGAUAAUGUUGCUGCAAUUAGAUCAUGUUUCCAAUUAGAUAAUGUUGCUGCAAACAAAUUACUGCUUUUAAAAUCCUUACUGGUCUCCUAUAUGAUACAUUCACCUGAUGUUUUCUUGUACUUGGUUUCAUGCUGAGGAAAACACAUGGAGCUCCCA